UGUGUGUAUGUUUGUGUAAUGUGCAGGUCAGCAGUGAAUCAGUGUCUUCCUCAGAUUCAGCUUGUGUGAUCAGGAGUCUGAUUUCAUUCUGCACUUUCUUCUAAGUUUCUUCUCUAGUUAAUUAUUGUGUUUGUGUGUGGUGAAUGAAGAUGAGUGUUGCCGUGCUGAAGAUCGGAGCCGUGUUGAGCACUAUGAUCAUGAUCACUAACUGGAUGUCACACAAACUGCCAACACUGGUGGGACUUCGUCAAGACAUCGCUCGACCGGAAACAUCCCAGAAAAUCAUCAGUUUGUUUCCAGGUGAGGAUGAUGGUUGGCAGGUGUUCGGCUCUGUUCAGGGCAAGUGUGUUUGUUCUAUACUCACACCCGUUCAGAGCGUCUGCAGCAGUGACCCGCGCUACAUCCACCUGCGACAGACGUCUGAUCACGUGCAGAAUGUUUCUCAGUAUAUUGAAAUGUUAAACUUGCGGACAUCUCAAGAUCUUCGGCAUCUACACGGCUCAGAGAUGCUUCUCGUCACCAUGGAGACCAGAUUAAAAACAGCCCUUAAUAAUCCACAAAGCCUGACAACUAAGAGUCUGCAGGAGUUGAGAUGGAGUAUGUCUCAGUUUCUGCCGCUGCGGACGGUGAUGAGUCGUUUCAGGUCAGAUGUGAGUCAGUUUGACUCUCUGAGAGAAGAGAUGAACACACUGCAUGACUCUCUCUCCAUCAUGAAGAAACACUUCACAGCACAAUACUAUCAUCAACUCCAACACAAAGCCUCAACACUUCAACACAAUCUGCACACCUGCUCCAGCCAACUGGGUUGUGGCAGAUUGACAGGUAUCAGCGCUCCUGUCACUGUCAGAUCUUCAGGGUCACGUUUUGGAUCGUGGAUGAUGGACAGUUUGAUUGACAGCUUGGACAACCGUGUGUGGGUGAUGGAGGGUUAUUUUAAAGGCAAGCGUCUGGUGGAGUAUCCGUCUCUCAGUGAUUUUGCCACAGGACAGAACUUCAUCAUUCAUCAUCUUGAUCAGCCGUGGUCCGGUACAGGUCAUGUGGUGUAUAACGGCUCUCUGUACUAUAACAAACACAACAGUAACACACUGAUCCGCUAUCAGCUGAGCUCCGGACACAUCCUCUCUCAGCGUGAUCUGGAUCAGGCCGGAUUCAACAACACCUUCCCGUACUCGUGGGGCGGAUCAUCAGACAUCGAUCUGAUGGCGGAUGAGGUGGGACUGUGGGCGGUCUACACAACUCUUCCUCACGGAGGAAACGCGGUGCUCAGUCGUCUGGAUCCUGAUACGCUGCAGGUGAUGGAGUCGUGGGACACGGGCUUUCCCAAACGCAGCGCCGGAGAAUCCUUCCUCAUCUGUCAGACUCUCUACCUCACCAACUCGCACCUCGCCGGCGCUAAAGUUCACUUCAGUUACCACACCAGCACGUCGUCCUACGAGUACAUCGACAUCCCCUUUCAUAACCAAUACUCACACAUCUCCAUGCUGGACUACAACCCCCGCAUGAGAGCGCUCUUCACCUGGAAUAACGGACAUCAGGUGAUCUAUGACGUCACUCUCCUGCACUUCAUCAAGACCCACAAAAACAACCACAGAAACAUCAGCAACUUAAUCUAGAAAUGACUGUCAUGUGUUAUGAUGGGAUGUUUCUCUUCUGAUGGACCAAUGAUGAUGCUGAUGCAUGAGAACAAAAAAGUCAAAUGUUGAAUGGAACAGAGUUGUAAAUCGUGCGGUGUUGUCUCAAAAAACAAAUACAACUAAUUGUGAAUAAUUGUUUGGUCUGUUCUGUUGUUUACAGAUAGUGAACCUUGCUUUUAUUAUAGUAGGAUAAACGUUUAGGCAGAUUGAUUAUCAUUCCUAGUUUUACUGAAACACCAUGAUUCAAUUGUGGUUAUUGUGGUAAAGCAAAAUAACAUUUGUUGGUGUUAAAUGUGGUUGUCAUGUGGUGAAAUCAUCAUUCAUUGUUUACAUUCUGCGUUGACAGAGUCCAGCUGAAACUUUAUUUUGUGACCAGAUUUUUCUCUCAUGAAAAGUGUUAAACUGUCAAAGUAUCAUUGAAAUCUCAUCUGUUAUAAUCAAUCAAUUUAAAAACAGGGACAAAACAUACUUUAUUAUUAAUGAGUUAUGGCAAUUAAUUACAAUGGUAUAAUAUUUCUUGCAGAUCAAACUGAUCAUAACUGGUUUUAAUAAAGUUUUAAACCAAAACUCUA